GAAGCUGCCGCGCCAGACGUGUUUGCCUUGCCGACUGGGAGCACCUGCACUUACAUACAACCACCAACCUUCAGCCUGGUCUAGCCAUUGAGCUGUCCUCACAUAACGAUCUCUUUUUACAACUACAACAACGACAUAACAUCGACAACCCAAUUCACACCCCAAACUUCAACGAAGCCCUAGGAAUUCGAGCUUUGUCAUCUACUUUUUCAAUCCAAAGCCAGACAUCUUGACGCCAUGUCGUCACCCUUCUCCAUAAACGGCGGCGCCUGCGUAGCCAUGGUAGGCAAAGACUGCGUCGCCAUCGCCUGCGACCUGCGUCUUGGUCUCCAAGCACUUACGGUUUCGAACAACUUCCCGAAGAUCUUCAGAUACGGCGACGUCUUCUUGGGCUUGACCGGCCUCGCGACCGACGUAUCCACGGUCUCGGACUUGUUCCGGUACAAGGUGAACAUGUACCGUCUGAGAGAGGAGCGCAACAUCGCGCCUACUACGUUCGCCAACUUGGUAUCUUCGUCGUUAUACGAGCGCCGCUUUGGUCCCUACUUUGUGAGUCCAGUGGUGGCUGGCCUGGAGCCGAAGUCGGGGAAACCGUUUAUCUGCGGCUUCGAUUCUAUCGGCUGCAUUGAUUUCGCCAAGGACUUCAUCGUCUCCGGUACUGCCUCCGAACAGCUGUUCGGCAUGUGUGAGAGCUUGUGGGAGCCCGAACUGGGACCCGACGACCUCUUCGAGACGAUUUCUCAGGCUUUGUUGAGCGCCGUGGACCGAGAUGCUCUAUCAGGAUGGGGUGCACACGUGUACAUUAUUGAGAAGGACAAGGUCACCAAGAGAUUAUUAAAGGGCCGACAAGACUAAGGGAAUCACAUUACCUACUCUCAUACCGAUACACCACCAGACUAUGCUAGUUGCCAUAUCAAGUGGCUAGAGAUCUGAAACGGCAAAUUGGUCUUGUUGAACCAACCCCGAGAGUGGGCAUGGGCGGAUGAUAAUCCUUGGGAUGAUGGUAACGAAAACUAGCAAGGGCAUACAUGCGAUGCCGAA